CAGUCUACUGCCUACUAUUAUUAUACAGAGAUGAAAACAAUGUCGAAUGCUUACACGCGUUGAUCCUUGUCCAUUCGCUCACCCUUCUCCCUGGGCUGAGACUGAGAUCCCCAUUGCGCCUGGAUUCAGAUUCCAUCUCUUGUUCUCAUUCUCAUCUAUUAUAUCAUUCUCGUCUUUGUGCUGCAGACUAUAAACUAGAUGGCUACGGAGGUUGCAAAUGAUCCUGCCUCAUCCACGCCAGAACAGCCUCCAAGGGAUCAAAGAGCUGAUGAGGGCGAGGUCUAUUCGAUCUACCAGGGCAAGGCCAAGAUCUUGAUUGUCCUCACGGCGUCCAUUGCCGGCUUCUUCUCGCCCCUCUCUGCGAAUAUCUAUCUCCCUGCGCUCAACACGCUGGCCGACCAGCUGCAUGUGAGCAACACGUUGAUCAAUCUGACCGUGACAACGUAUAUGAUCUUCCAAGGAUUGGCUCCAGCCAUCUUUGGGGGUUUCGCAGAUAGUGCCGGUCGGAGGCCCGCGUACAUCAUCUGUUUUAUUGUCUACAUCGCCGCCAAUAUCGGCCUCGCUCUGCAGCGGAACUAUGUGGCCCUCAUUAUCCUCCGCUGCUUGCAAAGCACAGGGAGCAGCAGCACCGUCGCCCUAGCCAACGCCAUUGUGGCCGAUGUAGUGACUACUGCGGAACGCGGGGUCUAUAUCGGAUACGCAUCUGCUGGAGGGAUCCUUGGGCCAUCUCUCGGACCCAUUAUCGGCGGCUUGCUGACCCAGUUCCUGGGGUGGCCCUCGAUCUUCUGGUUCUUGACCAUCUUCGCUGGCGCUUUCUUUGUCCCCCUCCUGCUCUUUCUCCCAGAGACUGCUCGCAGGAUUGUAGGCAACGGCUCUCGCCCGCCUCCGCGCUGGAACCAGUCUCUGCUGCAGCUCUGCUCGCGCCACCGGUCUGGGGAGACGCCAGUGCAGGCACGCGUUCACUUUCCCAACCCGCUCAAAACGCUGGUCAUUGUUUUUGACCGGGAAGUCUUCCUGAUCCUGGCCUGCAACAGCCUCAUCUUCGGCAGCUAUUAUGCCGUCUCCACCAGCGUUACCUCGCAGUUCAAGAUGAUCUACGGGUUCAAUGACGUCCAGAUAGGUCUCUGCUUCAUUCCAGUCGGCGUUGGCAGCUUGCUGGCAGCUUACACACAAGGCCGUAUGGUGGAUUGGAACUACGCGCGGUACGCCCGCCAGCAAGGCAUUACAGUCUCCAAGACGCGUCGUCAGGACCUGACCACCUUCCCUAUCGAACGGGCCCGAACAGAGGUCGUAUUCCCUCUGAUUGUCCUGGAGGGGCUGGGCAUGAUCGCCUACGGCUGGGUGCUGCACUACCAGACGAACCUUUCUGGCCCGCUUAUCUUGCUCUUCAUCAUCGGGUACACUUCGUCAGCAACAUUCAACAUCCUGAGUGUCCUGAUGGUCGAUAUUUACCAGGAGAGUCCGGCGACGGCGACAGCUGCCAAUAACCUGACGCGUUGUUGGCUCGGAGCAGCCUUCACGGCGUUUAUAUUGCCAAUGAUCGAUGCCAUCGGACGUGGCUGGGCCUUCACCAUAAUUGGGAUUAUCUGUUUCCUGUGUGUGCCAGUGCUUCUGGCAGUAUGGCAAUGGGGUUAUGGCUGGCGGCAACAGCGCCAGCGUCGUGAAGAGGAGAAGCAGUUACUGCGUACAUAGGAUCUGUCACAGAAACCGACCUGAAGCAAGAUCGAUCUUCUCAACAAAACUCCUGUUCUUUGUAUCGAACAGGUAUAUUUUGAACUUUUAUGCUCAACAGUGACUUAAGGUCAAUUCAAACUGCUAGUUAGUCCAGAUUCAUAGACUAGAUCUAAUGUUUUAUUUCUACCUAAAGCAUGACUAACUAUAUCUUAAUCCAUCAUCAAGUCGACUAAUAGAUCACUUAUACAAAACUCUUCAAACCUCAUCUUUUGUAUCUCAAACAACGAAAGCUUAUAUCUAUA